AUGGCCAGUGCUGCACCAACUGCUUUAUCCACAAAGGAAACAACAAACUAUGCCAGGUUGUGCCGUCUGCUGGUUGAUAUUGGAACCCAGGCUCUUCGAGACACGUUAGAUACCAUCCAUUCUCCAGCAAAUCUACCCUCAGUUUUGGCGGCAAACAGACCCACCUUACAAUCUCUUAGAAAGAAGAAGGUUAUCAAUCACAUACAAUGGGGGAAACUUUACCCUGCCAUCCUUACCUGGGUGUCUUCUCGUGACUUUGACACAACUUUGCUGAUGGUUCUGUUACGGAACCUAUGCGGCUUAACUGCUCCGCUGACCGGCUGGGACGCAUUGCCUGUCGUAACAGACCUUAGCAAGGAAGCAGACAUUGCCCGAGUUAAGUAUUUUAGGAACACUGUGUACGCUGAGAAAGCUUCUGUUGAUGACGUGAAGUUCAAUGACUACUGGCGUGACAUCAGGGACACUCUGGUCAGACUGGGAGGUGUUACUUAUGAAGCUGCCAUUGACAAUCUUAGAAACGAGUGCAUGGACCCUGAAGUUGAAGAUCACUUCAUGGAAUUACUGAGUCAAUGGAAAAAGGACGAGAACAACAUUAAAGAUCAGCUGGACGUAAUUAAGAAAAAUCUUGAAGUCCUGACGUCAAAAGAUGAAGGUAAGAUACAUAAGUAA